AUGGCCUUCAGAUGGAAGGUAUUGACCCUCGUUGUCGCGAUUUUUCUUCUCCUUCUUAUCUACCAAAGACCCGCGAUUAAACGCUAUCAAGAAUCAUACGAUCGGACUCAACCGAUAGUUCAGUCGGCUUCAGAUGGGAAAGGAAACAAAUUUAGAUGGUCCGAGGUCAAACAUAGCUUUCCUGUUACCGAUUUUAUACCUCUUCCAACGAAUCCGGCCACAACCAUACCGAGAAUCCAACAUCGCUUUGAGAAAGAAACUCAAGCCGAAAAGUCAAUACGGCAAGCUAGGCUUGAGGCCGUCAAGAGUAAUUUCACACAUGCGUGGAAUGGCUAUACUAGCCAUGCAUGGUUGAAAGAUGAGGUAAUGCCUUUGUCCGGUGGAUCAAUGGAUCCCUUCGGGGGGUGGGCCGCGAGCUUGGUCGAUACUCUCGAUACUCUUUGGAUCAUGGGGAUGCAUUCGGAAUUCAAAUUAGCUGUCGAAGCUAUUCAAGAAAUUGAUUUCAGUACAUGCGCUCUUGAGCAAAUUAACGUCUUUGAAACUACUAUCCGGUACCUGGGCGGUUUUCUCUCCGCUUAUGAGUUAAGUGAUGGAAAAUAUCCAGUUUUGCUACAGAAAGCGUCGGAGAUGGGAGAGAUGCUGUACAAAUCCUUCGAUACGCCCAAUCAUUUACCCAUUCUUCGAUGGUAUUACCAUGUUGCUGCCACUGGUGCUCCGCAGGAAGCCGAAGACAAUGUUCUGGAAUCAGAGAUUGGCUCCUUGACUCUAGAGUUCACACGUCUUGGCCAGAUUACAGGUGAUCCCCGAUACUAUGAUGCUGUGCAGCGCAUCAUGAAUAUAUUUGACAACCAGCAACCUAUAUCUAAAUUACCAGGAAUGUGGCCGGUGGUUGUAAACGCGAAAGACAAGAACUUCGUGGAAUAUGGAGGUUUCACUAUUGGCGGCAUGGCUGAUUCGUUGUACGAGUAUCUACCAAAGCAACAUCUACUACUUGGCGGAGCUACUCAGCAAUAUAGGAGGAUGUAUGAGUUCGCAUUGAUUGCAAUGAAACGCAAUAUAUUCUACCGCCCGAUGACAAAAAAUGGUGAGGAUGUUCGCUUGCCUGGUAACGUGGAUAGUGAUGGAAAGACACUAGUCACGGAACUUAAAACAGAUGGAGAAGCACAACAUCUGGGCUGCUUUGCAGGAGGAAUGGUUGCAAUCGGUGCGAAGAUAUUCGAAAAUGAACAGGAUCUAGAAUUGGCAAGAAAACUCACGGAUGGAUGUCUCUGGGCUUAUGAAAAUAUGCCCCUUGGGAUCAUGCCUGAGAAGAUGCAUACAGUUCCAUGUGAGAACGAAAGUCACUGUCCCUGGGACGAGCAAAAGUGGCUCGAAGGUAUAGAUAAAGACACCGAAGGCAACGAAACUGUGCAUGAAAAGAUACAACAGCACCGACUGGUAGCUGGAGUCACGAAGUUCGAUGAUGGACGUUAUAUUCUUAGGCCCGAGGCAAUCGAAUCCGUUUUUAUACUUUAUCGCAUCACUGGUGAUCCUAAGUUGCGAGAACAAGCUUGGACGAUGUUCAACAAUAUCAUUAAACAUACAAUCACCGAUAUUGCACAUGCUGCUCUCGACGACUGUACCGUCUCAGAGAAUCCUCCCAAGGCCGACAGAAUGGAAUCUUUUUGGAUGGCUGAAACGCUCAAAUACUUCUAUCUUAUUUUUGCCGAUCCAGAUUUGAUCAGCUUAGACGAGUAUGUCCUUAAUACAGAGGCACAUCCCUUAAAGAGACCAAAAUAA